ACAGGUUUCUCGACCUCUUUUCCAGAAUAGUCUCUUCUCUUCUUUUUUCCUUCUCCUUUUCUAAUUAGUAAAUAUCCACAAAUUCAAACCUCAUUGAGAUCAUUACAAAACCCCCUUUUUUUUUUCUUCUGUAAAAGGAAAAACAAAUAGGUGAAAGUGAAGAAAAGAAAGAGAAACGAAUUAGAAGAGAUGGGUGUAGAUUAUUACAAAGUAUUGGGUGUUGAUAAGAAUGCUACAGAUGAUGAUUUGAAGAAAGCUUAUAGAAAACUUGCUAUGAAAUGGCAUCCUGAUAAGAACCCUAAAAAUAAAAAAGAAGCUGAAGCUAAGUUCAAACAGAUCUCUGAGGCCUAUGAUGUGCUUAGUGACUCCCAGAAAAAAGCUGUGUAUGACCAGUAUGGUGAAGAAGGGCUGAAGGGUGGGGUGCCACCGCCUGGUGCUGGUGGUCCCGGUGCUGGUUCACCCUUCUUCUUUACUGGGGAAGGCCCUACCGCAUUCAGAUUCAAUACUCGAAAUGCUGAUGACAUAUUUGCUGAAUUUUUCGGCGUUCCUACUCAAGGAGGACAUGGAGCGAGCAGGGCUGGUCAAAGGUUUGGUAAUUUUUUUACCGAUGAUAUAUUCGCAUCAUCCUUUGGUGAAGGAGGUGGUGUUUCAAUGCAUCAAUCAGCUCCAAGGAAAGAGGCUUCGAUACAACAGACCUUGCCUUGUAAUCUUGAGGAUCUCUACAAGGGUACCACCAAGAAGAUGAAGAUUUCUAGAGAAGUUGUGGACGCGAGUGGCACCAGAAGGCAGGUGGAAGAGAUUCUAACAAUCAAUAUUAAAGCUGGUUGGAAAAAAGGUACAAAGAUCACCUUCCAAGAAAAAGGGAAUGAGCAGCCAGGCGUUAUACCAGCUGAUCUGGUCUUCAUAAUAGAUGAGAAACCUCAUAGAGUUUUCUCACGCGAUGGAAACGACCUGAUCGUCACACAAAAGAUAUCUUUGGCUGAAGCAUUAACAGGCUCUACAGUCCAUCUCACUACUCUAGAUGGAAGGAACUUGACCAUUCCCAUCAACAAUGUCAUUCAACCAAAUUAUGAACAUGUUGUCCCAGGUGAAGGCAUGCCACUUCCAAAAGACCCGUCAAAGAAAGGAAAUCUGAGAAUCAAAUUUGACAUCAAGUUCCCUGCUCGUCUUACAAUGACGCAGAAAUCCGGCAUCAAAGAGCUGUUGGGUUCUUGAGCUUUAUGCAGCUUGGUGCUGUUUUUGUUGUGAUGUGUACAUAUUUUCAUAAACCAUUUAAAGUUUUGGAGUGGGAUGUUGGUUUAGGCUCAAUGGGCGGCGUAGCUAAGUAGAAAUUUUGCUUCUUUUUUAUCUUAUGGGUGUUGUUCAAAUUAACAUUGAACAAAGGGCAAUACCAUUUUAUUUUUGUGGAAUAAGAACGCAAAUUUUACAGUGCUUCA